GGGCGCUCGGCGGCGCGCGGCACGGCAGGAACAUGGCGCGCGGGAGCGGUGCACGCGCCUAGCUGGCGGGACCGUUAGCUCUAGGCAGACGCCGACGGGCCCCGCGGGGAUGGAACAGCCGCCGCCUCUGGCGCCCGAGCCGGCCUCGGCGCGGAGCCGCAGGCGGCGGGAGCCGGAGUCUCCGCCGGCGCCGAUUCCUCUCUUUGGUGCUAAGACUAUUGUCCAGAGAAGUCCUGAUGAACCAGCACUGAGCAAAGCUGAAUUUGUUGAGAAAGUUCGUCAGAGUAACCAGGCCUGUCAUGAUGGAGACUUCCACACAGCUAUUGUUUUGUACAAUGAAGCCCUGGCAGUUGACCCUCAGAACUGCAUUUUGUAUAGCAACAGAUCUGCAGCCUACAUGAAAACCCAGCAGUACCACAAGGCGCUGGAUGAUGCAAUCAAAGCCCGGCUCCUCAACCCCAAAUGGCCAAAGACCCAGCAAGGAAUCAGUUGGAGAAGAAUAUGAUUAUUAUCAGUCAUCUCCCAUGCCAACGUUGUAUAAAAAGUUUUAAUCAUGCUGGCAAGACCAUGAAGAAUUGCCAAGAAUAUAUUUAAAGCCAACUGAAUGAGAAAAAGGUCUAGGAAAUGGAGGAUGGAAGUGAGGUUAAUUGGGAAUUAAGCAAAUAAUACAUGUUAAGACAGCAGUUUGUAUAUUCAUAUUUAAAUUAAAUAAAGGCUUCGU